UGCAAAACCGUUCGUUCUUUCUCCGAGUCAUACGUGCCUUUGGCCCGGCUGUACAUUGAAGACCUCUUGGCCCGUUUCUCUCAAUCCUUGCAAUGGCGAAGGGAUGGAAGAAGAAUCGCCGGAGCGCAAGAGUUGUCCUCUGUUUCGCGGCACUGGGGAGCUGGAUAAUCGUGGAAUUGUUGAGCGUCAUCCAGCACAGAGCAGCAAUAGUUUAUGAUGUUCCAGAGCUGUUCAUUCUUUUCAGGAGCAAUCCCGGCAGGCGGAUGAACUUGUUGUUGGGGAAAUUCAGCAAUGGAAACCAGGAUCGAGCCCAGCAACCGGUAGCUCAAGAAGAGAAAGCUCAAGGACUAGGCUUGAAUAUGGAGAAAAUCAAAGCAAACAUCACUUGCGAUUUCUCUCACUUUCGAACCGACGUAUGCGAAUUGCGAGGCGACGUCCGAGUGAGCGGUGGAAGAGCCGGAAAAGUCGCGCUCCUGGACGCAGAAUCACCCCAAGAAUCACACCAAGUUGUGGCAAAGAUCAAGCCUUACACAAGAAAAUGGGAGAAGAGCUGCAUGGCCACAAUUGGAGAGGUCUCGCUGGAAAUCCUCCCUCGCAGCUCCUCGCCCAGCAUGCCCUGCGACACAAACCAUUCCGUCCCGGCGGUGAUCCUCUCCACGGGCGGCUACACCGGCAACGUCUACCACGAGUUUAACGACGGCCUCAUUCCCCUCUUCAUCACCUCGCACAAAUUCCAUGGCGAGGUUGUCUUCCUCGUCCUGGAGCUCCACAGAUGGUGGAUGAUGAAAUACGGUAGCAUCGUGAGCAAGCUCUCAAACUAUCCCGUCCAGGAUUUCGAUCGAUCCAAGCGUGUCCACUGCUUCCCGCAAGCAAUCCUGGGGAUGCAAAUUCACGACGAGCUCGCCAUCGCCAGCCAAGCACCAGAAGCUUCAAUGCGCGACUUCCAGCAGCUGCUCAAAGCCUCGCUCAACUCCCAGAAAUCUCCACUCAAGCCCAUGUCCCGCGUCGCAAAAGUUGGCAACAAAGUUGGCGGAUCUUCGAGCCCAAAGUUGGUGCUGCUGGCCCGGAAGGGCAGCAGGGUCUUGCUCAACCAGAACGCGCUCGUGAGGCUGGCCAAGAAGAUCGGGUUCCGUGUCGUUGUGCUCGCACCAAACUCGCACUCGUCCCUGUUUGAGCUUCACGAGGAGCUGCACUCGGCCCAUGUCAUGGUUGGCGUGCAUGGGGCGGCACUCACGCACUUCCUGUUUAUGAGGCCGGCUUCGGUUUUCAUUCAGAUUGUUCCUCUGGGGACGGAAUGGGCUGCGCAGACUUACUAUGGCCAGCCAGCCAUGAAAGCAGGGCUUAGGUAUUUGGAGUACAAGAUCGUGGCGGAGGAGAGCAGCCUGGUGAAGAAGCUGGGGCGGGAGAGUGCAGCUGUUGCACAUCCUGAGGAGAUCACCUCCAAGGGCUGGUGGGAGAUGAAGAAGAUUUACUUGCAGAACCAGGAUGUCAUGCUGUCCCUGCACAGGUUUAGACCUCUCCUUGAGCAAGCAUUCAAAGAGAGUGUUUUCUAGAGGUUUUGCAUGUUUUGGACUGUACAAAAAGGAAACAAAAAUGUUUGUAAAUCUUUUCCACAACCGGAAAAAAUAUAAAAAUGUUAAAACUAAUAAAAUGGUUCUUCCGGUCAGAAA